AUGCCAAUAGUGAAAGAAAAAACUAUCCAGAAUGAUUUGCAGAACGCAUUUGAAAUCAACUUACGGCGGAAAUCCAGUAGAGCUUUUUCAACACAUCUUGUUAAGGAUAUUAUUUCCCUUCAUGAACAUUUAACCAAGAAUGAAUCAACUGAACAAAAACAACAAACAGCUACUAUUGAAUCCGUCGCAUCGUCUGAGCACAAUCUAGAACAACAGGAAGAUGCGCAAAGCCGUCAUGCAAGAGUUGCAGAAUUUCAACUCCAGAUACGAUCACUUGUAUCCGGAAUUGUUGCCAUGCGUGCGACGAAGAUCAAUGCCAAUGACGAUAGAAUUACUCAAGUAGGUUUAUCCUUUUUCGAAGCCGAUCGCGGUGCUAUGAAUGUUGGGAAGCUUGUGCAGCUCAUGGCCAGUGCACGGAAAACCCUAUCCGAUGAGCGAAAGAAACUUUUGCUAGCUAUGAGACGAUUUAAACGCUAUCAAACGCAAAAUUUCCAGCUUGACAAUCAAAUGCAAGACGUAAGCCUGGAACAGUAUUAUGAGCUGAAGGCGGAAGUCAAUCGCAUCGGAGAAAAACUCGAAGAAACGAACAAGCGUAUGAACAAUUCGAGACAACUGUUUGAAAACGACGUCGCACGAGCAACGCACGUGCGGGAAAAGCUCUUUGAUUCACAAAAUCAGAUCGUCGCCAUCAGGCAGCAGGUUUCCGAGGUUCAACAAGAUUAUUAUUCGUUCAAGAGCGUCCUGUGUGAGCAGCUUCAACGAAAAAAGCAACUACGCAAGAAAAACGAACGCCUCAAACUAAAAAUUCAAUUGAUAAAGCUAAUGCCUUGGUAUAGCCAAACUAAUCAACAGAUCGAACUCACCAAAUCCUUUAUAGAAAAAUUCAACUAA